AGUGUACUGCGCGGGAGUGUGGUUCGUGGUCGAUGUAUACUAAUUAGUGACAGUGCUAGUGAAUUAUGAAAUUAACGGUAACAAUACUUCUCCUGGUGGCUGCAAGCCACGCCGCCGAACCGCCCUACAGGGGGAAGCAGAAUGCGAGGGAUUCCCAGAAAACAGAGAAGAGGGAGUUAGAAGAAGGAAGCGGGAGUGUGGACAAGAGAGCGCCAUCAAUAUCAACUGUGGCUCCAUCUCCUACUCCUGGAAUUGAAUACGCAGACUCAAAAGAAUCACAGCAGGACAAGUCCCCAGCACAACAAGUGUACGCGACGCCCGCGCCCCAAAUCGCCAAAAUCUCGGACGUGCUGACUGGACAGGGACCCUUCCAGGCCGCGAUUGCCAGCCACCUCUACUCCCCAAUAUCUGUCUACCAGGCAAGGCUUGGCGCACCAACAACAUACGAAAUAUCUCCACCGAUUCCGUCUCAACUAGCAUACUCUGAGCAUAAAAUAACUUACCAGCCACAGCCCAAUGCCAUAUCAGUGGCCUCCCCAGCGCCACCCGUAAAAGUGCUGCCCAAUUAUCAACCGGCUUAUCAACAACAAUUCUUAGUUCAGCCUCAACUUCUCCCACAACCUCAGCCUUUAUCGCAACCUCAGCAUUUAGUGCAACAUCAACCUUUAGUACAACCACAACCUUUGGCACAACCUCAGCAAAUUCAUCAAUUGCCUCAUCCCCAACAAUUUUUGCAACAAAUUCCUCAAAAUUAUCAACCUCAAUUUAUUCAGUAUGUUCAGGGCCCUCCAGUGCCAUACCAAGCUCCAGGCCUUGCGUAUAUUAGAAACCAAAUACAACUCCCCUAUCUUCAAGCUCCACAACAUUUGAUCCCCAUUCCUGUACAAAUCCCACCACCUGGAUUCUUUUAUGCUCAAAACCCAAAUCAUGGUCAGCAGAAUUUGCAAAUAAUUCAGAAACCUCAACAAGUGAUUGAGCCACCACACCUACAGCCACAGCUACAGCUGCAGCAACAACAACCGCAACAAGUUAUCGUUAAAGAACAGGAGCUUCAACAGCAGCAACAGAAACCCAACAUUCAAAUACAAUCCAGCCAGCCUCAAGGCGCAGUCAGCUACGCUAGUUUCUCCCAAAGCCAGCCUUCCCCUAGUUACCAAAUUAAACAGCAGCCACCACAGUCUUUCCAGCCUCUACAGUACCAACAACCUCGUGUUACUCUACAAUUGAGAUCCCAACCAUUGAACACCCAAGUUAAGCCAGAAGGGGACGAAAGUCUACAGGCUUCAUCUUCUAAAUCUAUAAGACCUGUUUCGUACUUUAGGCCAGGAGCUAAUCUUCAGCCUGCUCAACAACAACAACUACAGAAACAAGCUCUUCCUCAACAGCAGAGCCUUCCUCAGCAACAGCUUUUACUACCAAAUCCUGGCUUUGCAGGGCCUGCCUUGAACGUGUCUCCAACUUUCCCCCCUGUGCAAUAUUUUGGCAAACACGCACAAAGGAUUUUUGCUAGAUACAGCGUUCAACCUUAA